UCUCAAAUUUGCAAACAAAAAUGAAACUAAUCCUGCUGUUCAUAUUUAGCUGCGGGUUAACAUUAGUGUACUCAAAUUGCGAGAGAGAUCGCGAAAUAAUUUGCUACUGGGGCAGCUGGUCGAUAUACAGGAGGGAAAUCGGAUUCUUCAACGUCAGCAACAUCAAUACGGAUAUUUGCACGACAAUCGUGUACGCUUUCGCCGGAUUGGAUUUGAAUUUGGACUUGGCUUCUAUCGACUCAAAUGCAGAUAUAACUAGAGGUGGGUUUGCCGAAUUUGUCAAACUUAAGCAGAAGGAACCGUGCCUAAAAACCAUGGUGGCUGUAGGGGGAUGGAAUGAGGGUACCCGGAAAUUCUCUGUGGCAUCUUCAACGACAGAAAGCCGAAAGAACCUCGCCCAAUCAAUUCUCAAAUUCCUCGUUUACUACGGAUUCGAUGGCAUCGAUAUCGACUGGGAAUACCCUACUUCCGAAGGCGGCUUACCCGAAGACGGUUCUAAUUUUGUGGAGUUAUUGAACGAAAUCAAAACAGCAAUAUCUCCAUGGGGUCUCAAAUUAUCUAUUGCCGUAUCCUUCGAUAACUCCCUCAUCGGAACUGGAUAUAAUAUAAUAGGAAUAAACAAAUCUGUAGAUUUUGUUAACUUAAUGGCUUACGACUACAUUUCCUCAAAUUCUAAUUACACAGGAUUGUCUGCACCGUUGAGUAAAAUUAAUGAAACUGUUACAAAGUGGCUGAAUGGUGGACUGUCGUCUAAAAAACUCGCCUUGGGCAUUCCAGCUUACUGUAAAAAUUUUGUUCUUAAAGACCCCCAAAAAAAUGGAAUAGGCGCAGAAGUAAAAGCAAUAGGGUUACCGGGAGAUUUUACUCAACAGGAAGGCCUAUUGGCUUAUUACGAGGUUUUACAAAUUGAAAGUAUUAGGAAGACAGCAGUAAAUAUGGUUGAUGGUACUAUUUACGGUUAUCAUGAUGAUGAGUGGAUGACAUACGAUAAUGAAGAAACUGUUUCAGGAAAGGUGAAAUACGCAAUAUCUCAAAAUUUGGGAGGAAUAAUGUUUUGGUCUUUGGAGCUGGAUGAUUUCAAUGGCGAAUUUGGCGACCCUUACCCCUUGUUGAAUGCUGUUCACAAAGAAUUUAAAGAUUUUGUUUAAUUAAUAUGUUUUAUUUAAAUGUAUACCUAUGGUAGUGGAUACGUAAAAUCUUAAUAUUUAUUAACACAUAAUUAAGAUAUGGUCUUAUGUCUGUUUUAUAAAGAAAUAAAAUAUCAACCAAUAAAGAUUACAGUUGGAAAUUUUAUACCUAC